UGCUCGUCCCCGGAACAGCGCCACCCAACCACGCACGCGACGACCGCCGCCGCCGCCGCACCAGCUCCGCGUCCGUCCGCCACCGCCCCCCUCUCUCUGCUUUCCCUCGGCAUUAUUCUGACGCGCUCCCACAUCUACCCUCAGCGCCGCGGGGAAGAAGAACCCGCUCGGCCGUCCAGCGCGCGGCGCGAGGUGGGCAGGUGGCCGGCGCCCCGUGACACGCCAGCGUGCAGCAGCAGGGAGCCGUUGGUCGAGAGAGGAGGGGAAUGGAGGCCGCGGCGGCGGCGCCCGCGCCCGCGCAGGCGGCGGAGAGGGACCCGGAGCACCACCACGGCUGUCUUGCCGUCAGGACGUCGCUGCCGCGGUGCGCCCUCGGCGCCGGCGGCGGCUCCUCGCUUGCUGGAUCUUCCGACGAAGCGUCAUGUGGAUCACCAAGAUGGAUAGGGAGAGGCCUAUCUUGCGUGUGCAUCAAGCGAAAAGGGGCAUAUGAGAGAAUAUGCAUGAACCUCACACCAGUGCAGGAAGAAAGGCUUCAGAGAUUAAAGCAUCGCAUGAAGGUUUACUUUGAUCCAUCUAGACGAGAUCACCAGGAAGCCCUGAAAGCUCUUUGGCAUGCGACAUACCCUGAUCAAGAACUUCAAGGUUUGAUAUCGGAACAGUGGAAGGACAUGGGUUGGCAAGGAAGAGACCCAUCAACUGACUUUAGAGGUGCAGGAUUCAUCUCUCUGGAGAACCUUCUAUUCUUUGCCAAGACAUUCUCUGCCUCAUUUCAGAGGCUGCUAAAGAAACAGUGCGGUAACAGAGCCACAUGGGAGUACCCAUUUGCAGUUGCUGGCGUAAACAUUACAUUCAUGAUCAUGCAGAUGCUUGAUCUCCAGUCAACAAAGCCAAGAACAUUUGUCCGAGCCAUUUUUAUUCAAAUGCUUUCAGAGGAUGAGUGGGCAUUUGAUCUGCUCUACUGCGUCGCAUUUGUUGUGAUGGACAAGCAGUGGCUUGACAAGAACGCCUCUUACAUGGACUUCAAUGAGGUACUGAAGUCAACACGAACCCAGCUGGAGAGGGAGCUCAUGCUGGACGAUGUGAUGCGGAUCGAAGACAUGCCAUCAUACAGCCUGCUUUGCUAGUGACCAAAAUACCAAAUGCGUAGGAGAACAUAACUGAGUUUGUGGUUCAACUGUAUAGCACCUCCCUUCCUCUGAUUUCUAGGAAGAAUUUUUUAGCAACUAAGUAGAGUGAUUACGUACUGGUGUCAUGCUAAAUUGGACCUCUGUAAACAACUCAUCGGUGUAUUACCACGGAAUUAGUAUUGCCAUCAUCCGGUCUCGAUGUUGGUGAUAUUCAUAUUGUCAAAAGUGCAGAAUUUGGUCUUCGCAA